AUGUCUGUGGACGUGUCAGCUCAAGUCGUGAACUACAGAAAGAGUGUGGAGCAUUUUAAAGCAGUUCUGUGGGCAGCCGAGGGCGCUCUGAGUGUCGACCGCUCAGACAGUGAGCUCCGCGAGCGGACCAAAUUCUGUCACAGUGCGUGGGAAAAUAUUCCAGAAAAGCCCGGCCCCAUAGACCGUGCUUGGGAAAAUAUUCCAGAAAAGCCCGGCGCCAUAGACCGUGCUUGGGAAAAUAUUCCAGAAAAGCCCGGCCCCAUAGACCGUGCUUGGGAAAAUAUUCCAGAAAAGCCCGGCCCCAUAGACCGUGCGUGGGAAAAUAUUCCAGAAAAGCCCGGCCCCAUAGACCGUGCUUGGGAAAAUAUUCCAGAAAAGCCCGGCCCCAUAGACCGUGCUUGGGAAAAUAUUCCAGAAAAGCCCGGUCCCAUAGACCACCGUGCGUGGGAAAAUAUUCCAGAAAAGCCAGGCCCCUUAGACCGUGCGUGGGAAAAUAUUCCAGAAAAGCCCGGCCCCAUAGACCGUGCGUGGGAAAAUAUUCCAGAAAAGCCCGGCCCCAUAGACCGUGCCUGGGAAAAUAUUCCAGAAAAGCCCGGCCCCAUAGACCGUGCUUGGGAAAAUAUUCCAGAAAAGCCCGGCCCCAUAGACCGUGCGUGGGAAAAUAUUCCUGAAAAGCCCGGCCCCAUAGACCGUGCGUGGGAAAAUAUUCCAGAAAAGCCCGGCCCCAUAGACCGUGCGUGGGAAAAUAUUCCAGAAAAGCCCGGCCCCAUAGACCGUGCAAAAAUAUUCCAGAAAAGCCCGGCCCCAUAG